UCGGUUUUGCUUAUGGAAAUAUAGCCUCAGAUGUCUUCUUUCGAUUACUGAAAACCGCAAGUCUCUGACUUUAUGUUAUCAAAAGUUAUUCAAAAAAUAACCACUGGCCUUGUAUUUUGGCGUCGAUAUUAGUACCUAGCCUGUUUAAACCGUUCACUCAGGGGCGACAACUUUCAGAGACAGGUUUUCCACUAUCAGUUAAAAAGUGCUGGACUCUUAAUUUCUUUAAGGAAAUUUGAUCUAAUCUAUCUUUUUAGAUUGUGUUCGUAUUAAAUUUCGCAUCGCACGUGAUCAAUAUGGUACAUUUUACAAAACAUUACUCCGAUUGAAACUUUCCAAUUUUCUGGUCGAAGAACGUCGACGAGAAGACCUGAAAGAAAGUCGUCGUCAAUUGGCUCAACAUCGAAAGCGAGAAGCAGAAGUAGCAGCCAAUCAACAAGAAAAUAACGAUUUAGAAUAA